CCGCGCGCACCGGCCGGGCAGCGGAGCUCUCCGGACGCGUCUCCGACCUCGGGGAGGGGGUCGGGCCGGCUGGGUUCACGGGGCAACGGCAGUCAGGAACCCUAUGCGGACAAGCGGGGCCGGAGAUGGCUUCGGCUGGAGGCGGCGACUGCGGGGGCGCCGCGCCCGAGGCGGACCGGCCUCACCAGCGGCCCUUCCUGAUCGGGGUGAGCGGCGGGACCGCCAGCGGCAAGUCCACUGUGUGUGAGAAGAUCAUGGAGCUGCUGGGGCAGAACGAAGUGGACCACCGGCAGCGCAAGCUGGUCAUCUUGAGCCAGGACAGGUUCUACAAGGUGCUGACAGCCGAGCAGAAGGCCAAGGCCUUGAAGGGGCAGUUUAACUUCGACCACCCAGAUGCUUUUGAUAACGACCUGAUGCACCGGACUCUGAAGAACAUCGUGGAGGGCAAAACCGUCGAGGUCCCCACCUACGAUUUUGUGACCCACUCGAGGCUGCCCGAGACCACGGUGGUCUACCCUGCGGACGUGGUCCUGUUCGAGGGCAUCCUGGUCUUCUACAGCCAGGAGAUCCGGGACAUGUUCCACCUGCGGCUCUUCGUGGACACUGACUCCGAUGUCAGGCUGUCGCGCAGAGUUCUCCGGGACGUGAGCCGUGGGAGGGACCUGGAGCAGAUCCUGACCCAGUAUACCACCUUCGUCAAGCCUGCCUUCGAGGAGUUCUGCCUGCCGACGAAGAAGUACGCCGACGUGAUCAUCCCUCGCGGGGUCGACAACAUGGUCGCCAUCAACCUGAUCGUGCAGCACAUCCAGGACAUCCUGAACGGGGACAUCUGCAAGUGGCAGCGCGGAGGGGCCAACGGGCGGAGCUGCAAGAGGGCACUCCCCGAGCCAGGAGACCACCCCCGGGUGCUGGCAGCCGGCAAGCGCUCACACCUGGAGCCCAGCAGCAGGCCGCACUGAGCUGCGCCGCACGGCCUCGGGUGGGGCCCCUGGAGCUGCCCACCCGCCCCCAGACACACCCACUGCUUCCCUGGGGUCUGGGACGGCCGAGGGGGAGGGUCAGGGGGUCCCCGGUGAUGGGGACACCUGGACACAUGUCCCAGCUCAGCUUGGUGGGAAAUGGCAGUGUUUGUGCCGAGUCCUCCCUGUGCGGGGAGGGUGCGUGUCCGGCUGCUGAGUGGUGCCACAGAGAGUGACAACACUGGCGUGUCUGGCGGGUGGGGGGGGGUGGCAGCUGGCAUGCACGGGCUGUGGUGUUGGGACAGCGAUCUCCCAGCGGGCGGCUUUUUCUAGUACGAUCUGGUUCUCACACGUGUACCGCUGAAAGUUUGAAGACAUAAAACUCCCCCUUUUUAUGUGUUCUGUA